AUUUAAAAUGGCGGGUUUGACAUAAAAAUGUAAACAAUGUUGUCGGCUAUUUCUUUGUUUGCAUAUCUACAUGUAAUUUAUCCUUUCACACAUUCCCUCAUUUUCACUAGGUUUAAAAAUUGCGCCAUAAAAUAACAUAAAACAAGAAAUAUUACUAGAUAAUGUUCUUUUAACCCACACGCUAGUAAACAUGCAUUAGGGCAUUGUUUUUUACAUUCGCCUAGACCUUGUUUACGGAAUGCCGUCUGGAAAUGGUACAUAUCACAUGAAAUUACUUGAACUACAUAUCACAUGAAAUUACUUAAAGGAAAGGCACUUUAAUUACAAUCAUUGUCUGAUUGUAGUGAAGUGUAAAAACUCAAGGUUGAUCAAUUGCAAGGAAAUAAUUCUUCAUUGAAAUGGUUUGAUUGAAUGCAUAAAGCAUUGUUAAAUGUAAUAGAGAAAAUGGAUGAGGAAAAAUCCCCAUCAGUCAAGGCAGAAAGAAAAAGAGUGUACAAGUCCAUAUUUGGGCCACAAUCAGACUCAAGUUCUGAAUCAAGUAGCAGCAGUAGCAGUUUAGAUUCUGACGAUGAGUUCUCACCACAGACAGGUAAACUGGAAGUGAAAAAUGAAAUCAAAGAAAAUUCAAAAGAAGAAAGUGAAAAUACUGAAUCAGUAGAAGACAAAAGGAAGAACAAAAUGAAUCCCAUUAAAGAAGAAUGCUCAGCCAGUCAGAAGUUGACGGAGGAAUCUGUGUCCAGCGGGAUACCUGACCUUCUCUCGCAGGACCAAAAGGCAAUGUUGAAAGAGCUAUUGGUCAAUGAACUGAAAUGUGCUGUUGAUGCUGUUGCUGGAGACAAGACUGACUCAGCUGAUGAUUCUCCAGAUCGACCAACUCAACUGUACAUGGGGCCAUACGGCAAGAUAAGGUCGCCAUUUAAGAAGGUCUCAUCACUGCAGACAUACUCAAAGCAAUGCAAGGAAACUCAAAGGAAAUUGACUUCACCACCACGGAAGCGAGCACGACUGUUUGUGGUAGAGGAUGAUCAUGAUGGGAACUUGAGUGUCGAGGAAGGAGACAGCAGUGAUGAGGAACCAGGUGACACCAGCGAUCAGCAACUGAUAGAACAGCAAGGUGUUGUAAGUGGAGACGAGAGUUCGGAGGGGGAGGGCCUGCAGAUCGAUGAGUCUGACCAGGAUAUGGACGGUAAACUGGACGGCAAGUCUAACAAGUUUGCCCUCUCCGCCAUCAACGUCAAGUCAAUUAUACAUAAAAUCAUCACAAAUGAGAGUGUAGUUGAGAUGGUUCGGAAAGCUGUGCAGGAGGAAAUGGCUGGGAAGGAGUUUGAGUAUGAACCUAAACUCACCCGCGCCAAGCUGAAGCAGUUUGAGGCACAGGGACAGGUGCCUGUGAACUGGGGUCUGUCACCAGUGAAGCGUCCAAAGGCGGAGUCUCCAAACUUCCUGGAAAUGGAGCUGCCAGAGGAGGAGGAUGACGAUGAGGACUUUAACCCUGACAAGGUGGUUCCAGAGAGUGAUGAGGACAGUGAAAGUGUGGUGUCGUCCUCGUAUGUGAGCGACAUUGGCUCACCUGCCCCCUCCACUCCCUUGUCUGCCCCUGUCACCCCUGGGCUAAAUGAUUCGACUACCCGGGCAGAUAUCACACCCACUAACCUUGACUCAGACAUCAGUCAGCAGAGUCUUCUGAGUCCUAUGGGGCCUCCCCUGGUUGUGAAUGUACCCAGAUCCAACAAGAAACCCAGCUGCCUACAACAAAGGUUCAAGGAAUCAGAGGAAAUCAUAGCUCUGAGAACUCGGUCCAAGUGUCCUCUAAAGGACCAGACGAUCUUCGACCUUGAGGCAAACUUUGUUGCACCUGACAUCUCAGAAGAUUUGUAUGACACAUCAUGUGAUGACAAUGACUGGAAAACCUUCCUAGUGGACUUCUCCAGACUCCAGCCAGACACAACAUUGACAGGGUCGAUGGGUGCUUGGUUGGAUGAGGAUGAUGAGGAGGCAGACCCGGAGUACAACUUCCUAGAGGAGCAGGAGGAGUUUGACCAUGAAGACUUCCGCAAUGACAGGGCCGUCAAGGUCUCAAAGCGUGAGGUGAACCAGCUGCUGGAUGAGCUGUACUCCUCUCUCGGCGACAAUGACCCUCUCAAUGAGGAUGUCAGGCAGUCCAUCAAAGUACAGUCAGAGAAAAUUGUGCUUCACAGUGACACGAGGAAGCGCUAUGAGCAGAGGCUAAUUCUGGAGAUUGGGGAUGGUGAACGACGACAGAUACACGAUCAAAUGAGGAAGCAUGUUCAACUGUUGACUCAGACGUUUGUGCUGGCUGAGGGAAGUACUGAGCUCCAGCCUGUAGCAGAUACUGCAGCAAUGUACCUGAGGGAGCUGCACCAUUUUGGGUCUGGAUCUGCGGCUGACACGCAGCAGAGGAGCCAUUUCUGGGCAUGUAACUUGCCGGGGUCCCUGGAGCUGCUGAACACAUACCGCUCUGUCCCCAUACCGGCCCUCACAGAGGAAGACAGGGACAGGCUAGACCUCCUGGACUUUAGGCAUGACAACCAGGUCCUGCCCAGUCUUACACACAGACAGAUGUUUGUGAUGUGGACAAACAAGGUAUUCAUGUUUCCUGACCUGUUGCCUGCUGGGGCGUUCUUCAGGCAGUGUGAAAUCAAGCGGGACAGAUCAAGGGUCAAGUUCCUAGACUCUGAAGACAAUCUGCUGGCAAUGGGUCUUGCCCAGUUCCACCAUCUUAGUGACAGUCGGGAGUACAUCCAGCGCUUCAUGCUGCCCUGCAAGUCACUCAAACAGAUACAAAUACGCAUCAAAAACCUCCGUGCGAAUGCUGCUAAGGACAAUGCUGUCAAGUACUGGUGCAAGUUCAAGGUGCUGCCCAGGUUCCCUCAGUGUGCCCCAGAGUUUACACCAGACAUGAUGAAGGCUCCCUGUGACAGUGGGCUCAACCUGCAGGAAAUGCCUGCAUGGUGCAAGUUCUUCAGUGGAGAGGAGGAGGAGCCAUAUCUGGGUCGGGACCUCCGGGAGAUACAGAAGAUCAAGCGCAGGAAGAGGAGGGCUAGGCUGAAUGCCAGCUUAGAGAAGCCUGAUGAAUCUAUGCUGGCAAGAUCAGGCUGUUUAACUCCAGUAAAUGAGCUGUCUGGGAGUAGUCAGUUUACCUCCUCGUCAAGUUGCCUGUCUACUGAUGAACGCUCUCGACCUGCCAGGCCAAGACAACGACGACAUCCAAGAAGUAGAAGCACAAAGGUUAGCCUACCGGCAACUCUCACUAACCGGACGCCUUGCGAUCAGACUCAUCCAGUAAAUGUCAACAUGCCAGACUCAACCCCUGUGACCAGUCAAUUUGCUACAACCCCUGCUGCUCCUGAGGCAUCUAUUUCAUCACCCAUGCCUGGCUCAUCUUUCCUUUCUAUGCCUCUGAUCAUUGGAUCAAGCCCGGUCAAGCUAUUUAACACCCCUCUGUCGGUAUUCAAUGGACAGAAUACCUCAGUGCAGACCAGCAACAUGUCUCAGACACCUGGUGCACCAAUGCAUAUAUCAAUUUCCACCCCAGUGAACCAGACUGUCCCUGCCCCAGCUGUUAGCCAGAGCCCUAUCAAGGUAUACUCGUUCCAAAGCAGCACCCCCCUCACAUAUAUACCAGGCCGUGCCAAUAGUAACGGGCAACCAGGGAUACCCACACUUGUGUCGUGUGCCAGACCAACCAUCAUUGUGAUUCAGCAUGACAACUCUGUGCACGUACAGAACUUCAACACUAUGCAGCAGAAUGUUGCCUCAACAUCAGCAGUCAAUGCUACAAACACUGUCACUCAGCCUUCAACUUUAAAUGCAAUGCAACAAAUUCCACAUUUUUCAAAUGUGCUAAACUUCUCUAACAAUGCACCAAACUCCUUUAAUUCUAAUUUAAUCCAAGACCCUGCUCCUGUGACAACUCAUGAUACACAAGAUAAGAAGGAUUCCCUUGUAACACUAGAACAGCUGUUCAAACCAAUAAUGGAAGCUGAAAUGGCCUCAGAGAUUGAUGUCCUGGAGCAUUUGGACAAGUUUAUGCCACGAACAGAAGUAGGAUCUUUAAACAAUGUUCCAAUCACUUCAGGGACAGAAAUUCAGACAAGUGAAAAUACAGCAAGUGUAGUCGAAAGUAUUAAAGACAAACUGACAUUGCCAGACAAUUUAAUGCCAAUGACAGAUGUUAAAAUGGUACCAUGUACAGUACCUGUGCCAUCUAUUCAGAUUGGGAAAAAGACAGAAAGUGCCCCUGUGAUACACGCCAGUAAAUCAGAUUCUUUUCCCUCGGUUCCUGAGAUAAGCUCUACCAAGGAUGACAGUUUAGUUAGUGAUGAUAUUGAGAAAUGUUUUGUGGAAAAUUCUAAAACCAUAUUUAAGCAUUGCACUAAACAGGCAAUAAAUGGGUUACCAUUGGUUAACCCUUACAGAUCUAUUAUUGUGUCUAUGAUGAAUGGUGUAGAAACAGGACAUAACAAUACUGUGGAUAACACUGAAGGUGCUGCCAAUAAUUCUAGGACAACUGCAGCUACAGUUCAGGUUGAACAUAAUCAGAACAGUAACUCCAAUAGUUCAGCACUUCCAAGUGAGAUUCAGUCAGAGAUCAUCACAUCCACCACUCCAGAGCAGCCAGGUGGAGCUAGUGCCAGUGAUCUUGGAGGAGCCCCUAGGUGCCUGUGUACGCCAACCAGAGAGCUGGAAAGUGGUCAUACAGGUCUGUCCUCCCCAGCCAAUCAGCCAGGGGCCCGAACAGCCUUGGAGAUGCUUGCCUCCUUUGCCCCAGUGUUCAUGCAGACCUCCCCGGCCAUGCUCACCAGUCACCAGCUGGCUCUUGAAACAACACCCACCAAAUGUGGUGACAGGUAUGUUCAAGUAGAUCCACACACAGGCUCAGGGAGCAAAUCUAACCUCUCAGGUCUGCAGAAGUCACCAAAAUCUACACAAACUCCACGAGGGCGCCCUAGAACUCAGCGCUCCCCCAAGUCAACUCCCAGAAAGAUAGCUCCUAAACCAGUCCCUGUAAAAUCUCCAAAGUCUUUGCCAAGGAUGCUUGCCCCCAAACCACUGCCACCAGGAUCAGAAAUGGCUUCUGUUGAUCUGAUAUCAGUUAAAACUCCAAAAUCAGGAAAAUCGGCAAAAUUUAGAAUACAACUGAAACAACAGGCAAGAGCUAUUCUUCCUAAGAACUUUGUGAUAAGUACAUUUGACACAUCACCUGCUAAGAAAGCUGCCUCUAACCUUGUUGAUAAAGCAAAACAUCAGGUGAAAUCCUCAGGCCAAACCAUGUCAUCACCAGUAAAGAAGCAGACCAUGUCAUCAGCCAGGAAGAACCUUCAGAAAGAUGCAUCAUUCAGAACCAGCACUAACAAACUUCCUGCAGAGGAUGGAGACGGAGGUGGGUACGAGGAGGGGGGUUUCGAUUCAGAGAGUGAGGACUUUAGCGGCAGUGAUGAGGACAUGGACACACAGGGAUCGGAUGAGGCUAUUGACACACAGGGCAGUGAUGGUGACGAUACACAGGGGACAGAAGAAGAUAGCCAGGAUGAGAGCCAGGAGGAAGACGAUGCCCACCUCGCUCACCUCAUGGCCGCUAGCUCCACUCUCAGAUAUGAGCCGGUGCGUGAUGAGGACCUGACGCGAGCCAGACUAGGGAAAAAGAGCCGGGACAGGGAUCUCACCCUCGCCCUUCUGGCACCAGACAUUGUAGAGGCAGACCCACAGGGAGACCUGCGUGAUACAUUGUUUGUGCAGUCUUAUCUGGCCCGUGUAAAGAAGGCCCUGCGAGGGGAUGUGGACACACUUGAGAAAUUCCUUACACUCAUGGCCAGCUUCACCAAGACGGACGCCACUCCUGUAGGGCUGUACCAGGAGUUGAAGGUGGUGUUCUCCAGCUAUCCGGAGCUGCUUGCAGACUUUGCCAGCUUCCUGCAGCCCGAGCAGGCUCUCCAGUGUGAUUGCUACCAGGCGUGUAUGGAGUUUAAGCAGGCCAGAACUUUCCUCAGGAAACUGGAGAUUUACUUCAGUAAGAAUAUGGGCCAGUACCAGCGUGUGAUGAGAGUGAUAUCUCGAUGGCAGAGGAAGCCUGGGGGUCGGGAGGCGGAGCUACGUGAUACAGUGGAGCCCCUUCUCAAGGGCAACAGGCACCUGCUGGACGAGUUCUCAAGAUUCUUCCCGCAUGAUCGGCCCUCGGAGAGCAUGCUGGAUGAGUUUGAGGAGAUUCAGCUGUCUGGGAGUGGCGGGGAGUCACCACAGGCGUCCAGCUGUGAGGAGAUCUCCCUGCUCGAGCUCGAGGAAACACUAGGAACCAAACGGUGUACUUGCAAAUGCCACUCAACUGGAGACGACGUGUACAAAAUGAGAAAAAAACACUGUUACUCAUGCUGCCUCACUGUGAUAGAUGGAGAGCUGGUUUACAAAGUUAACAAGUCCACUAUUAAGAAGGUGAAUGUGGUGUAUGGCCCUGCCAUAUCAGCCAGCAGCCUACUACCCGGCUCUGCUAACAACCAGCCUGAGGGCAUUGACAUGGCAGCCCUGGCAAACCCUUCAACUGACCAGCUAGACAAAACCACAGGGCAGUCUGACGCUUUUGCAGGAAAGUCUGAUAAAACAUUGAGUGAAAUGAAACCUUCGAUGAGUAUGAAUACACCAGAGUCUGGCCUGGAUGUUGAGGAGAUGAAUGGAGACAAUGAUGAGAAGAUGGACACCACUCCUGCAAUGGCUACUCAAUCCACUGAACAGUUACCAAUGGAUGGCAGCCUAGAAGAAGCUAUGGAAACAGCUGAUGAUAUUGCGUCAGAAUAUAACCAGGAAGAUAAAGAGGUCUCCCAGAUUUCUGCUGCGACAGAAAUUCCGAAAUCUUUAAACAAUCAGAGUAUUGAAAAUGCAAUUAAGAAGUCAGAAAGUGAUGUUAACUUGCCAAUUGAUGAUAUGCAGUCUGAAGGAAAUGAGCCCCAUGUACCAUUAUCAAGAACAACUGGUCCAGUGAUUCAAACUUCCGAGAAUAGUGUACCUUCUCAUAUCAUAAGUGACACUUCGCUUGCUAAUGACAUCCUAGCUGCUGCCUUUAAUACUGCAUUAGCUUCAGAAAUAUCCUUAGAUUCAAUCAGCUUUAGCCAUUUGUUGCCUGAUCAAAAAAAUGGAAACAGUUUUUCAGAAGAUUCAAAACCGGAAAGCAAUUUAAGUGAGUCAAAAGUAGAAGAAGCUACAACUUUAGAUGAAGCAAAAAUAAGGAAAAAGACCGAAGUUGCAAAAACAAAUGUUGGUAAUGAUGCUACCAUUCAAGUAACUGACAAUCAGUCAAGUGAAGCAUGUGAUUUAAGUAAAUCGCCACCAUUUUCCCCAUUUUCCCCGUUUGGUCAGGAAAUCCAGAGCAUUAUGAGCAGCUCCACAUUGCAAGGUGCCUGUCAGGGAACUAACGUCACAGUACCACCAGCGUCAAAGGGUGUGAGACGUAUCACACCAAUACCAGUGAUAGGUUCUUUUCUGUCUGAGACUUCCUCCUCAUUUCAAACUGCAGUAGCGAACUCACCAGUUCUGCCAGAUGUGCCCAUAGUUCACAGCCCUAAUAGCCAAGGAGAGAGAUCUAAUCAACACUUUGGUACAAGUGAAAAGAAACCAGAUUCACCUGAACCUAUGUCUUUAAGUGCAGCCCUGAAGUCUGCCAGGUCUACUGAUGCAGGUUCAAGCUCUGUGUCCAAGGACGGAACCCAGUUGACAGAGCUGUGUUCACAAGAAUCCGUCCCUAUUAGUCUCAGUGUUCCAGUAGUGCAUUCUGAAGAUGCCAAUGUGGCAUUUCCUAAACUACCAACAACAUUGUCUAAUUCUGUUCUUUUGUCUGAGGAAAGCUUAUUUCACUGUUUUUCUAAACCACCACAUUUGUCAGAUACUUUACACAGUGUGUCUAAUCUGACAAACAUCCUUUACGCAUUGGAUGGGACUUCCCAACAUGGUGCAAGCACGCCCAGCAAAUCAAGUAGUAACAGCUCUCUUGAGCCUAAUACAAAGUCAAGUUUAACACAAGCAAAAGAUGCCGCAGACAAUAGUCAACAAAGCACAAAUUCCCAGGAAGAAGGAAAUCAAUGUGCUAUUGAUGUUUAUAAUAGUGAAAAACAGACAUUGACAAGUGACAGUCAAAGUACUGGCUCUAGUAAUUCCAGUGAAGAAGGUAGCAAGAAUCCCCAGGGUGCCUACUUUCCUCAGAGUGUUCAAAGCAUUGAGAACAUGGAGAGGAUCCACAGAGGCCUAUUUGCCGUGUCCAGUCUGUCAGACACAGACUCCAGCUGUGUCACAACACCCUCAACCAGUGUCACGAAGAUCACCAGUGGAACAAACAUGGAAGGCAAUAAGGAACAGGUCAUUAAACCCGUACCUGUCACAAAGUCACCUGAGAAAAGACCAAAAAUGACCAGAAGAGAGCUACAUAAGUCAUUGCAGUGUGGUGGAAGUGAGGGAAGUGCUGGUGUUUUGGAAGAAAAGAUUGAAGACAAUGAGAGGGAUGAUACUAAAAAUGUAGAACACAUUGAUACUCCAGAAAAUAGUGCUAUGAUUAAAAUAGAGCAGGAUCUUGAAGAAGGCACUGCAAUUGUACCUGUUACUAGUGAAGAACAAGGGUCAUGUCAGGUAAGCAUUGCCGACAGUGAAGAGUUUACAGUGAAGACAGAGACUGACACAGACAUGACCAGCAUGUGUGAAAGUGAUGCAUCUAGCAGGGGCAAGAAGAAAUCCAAGCACAAGAAACACAAGUCAGACAAGGAGCACAGGAAAAAGAGGAAGAGAAAAGACAGGGAUGCAGAUAUGCCUAGGGAAAAGAAAUCCAAGAGGAAGCGGGUUGAGGAACCAAAUGACAGCCCUGUCAAUGUUAUCUCCCAGAAGGCUGCCAGUUCUGCUGUGUCAUCACCGGAAGCAGGAGGUUCACCAGAGGAACCCAACUGGUCCAAGGAGACAGACAGGACAAUUUUAGAGACAUGCAAGGUUCAUGGGAUCAAGGAUAAAACCUUCCAUAAGAUCGCAAAAACCCUUGGCACUGUAACAGCUAAACAGGUUCAGACACGGUUCAGCCACCUGUACAGGGUGAUAUUUGGUGGUUCAGCAUUCAGCGACAAGAAAGAGGACAGUUCAUCCAGCUGAAGAGGGUGAUAUUUGGUGGUUCAGCCACUUAUACAGGGUGAUAUUAUGUGGUUCAGCCACUUAUACAGGGUGAUAUUUGGUGGUUCAGCAUUCAGUGACAAGAAAGAGGACGGUUCAGCUUUCCGUACAAAGUGAUAUUAGAUGGUUCAGUAAUCUUUACAGAGUGAGAUUUGGUGGUUCAGCAAUCUGUACAGGGCGAUAUUUGGUGGUUUAGCAAUCUGUACAGGGCGAUAUUUGGUGGUUCAGCCAUCUGUACAAGGCGAUAUUUGGUGGUUCAGCAAUCUGUACAGGGCAGUAUUUGGUGGUUCAGCAAUCUGUACAGGGUGAUAAUUGGUGGUUCAACAAUCUGUACAGGGUGCUAUUUGGUGGUUCAGCCAUCUGUACAAGGCAAUAUUUGGUGGUUCAGCAAUCUGUACAGGGCAGUAUUUGGUGGUUCAGCAAUCUGUACAGGGUGAUAAUUGGUGGUUCAGCAAUCUGUACAGGGUGAUAUUUGGUGGUUCAGCAAUCUGUACAGGGCAAUAUUUGGUGGUUCAGCAAACUGUACAGGGCGAUAUUUGGUGGUUUAGCAAUCUGUACAGGGCGAUAUUUGGUGGUUUAUCAUUCAGUGACAACAUGCUGCAGGCCCUUAACAGUGAUGCUUCCAUGUUACAACACAAUAUUUAACUUUUGUGUGGUGUUCUGUAGAAUAAUAUUUACAAAAUGGACUUCAUAAUACUUUAUCAAAGCCAUGAUUGUUAUCAAACAUUUAAAUGGAAAGUCAUUGAUAUCAGUGAAAUAUACUUUUUAAAAGUAUGUAAUAUGUAUUGUUUAAUGUUGUCAUUGUACAAUUAUAUAUAGCAGAUCAUGUUCAAUUUACUCUGUCAAAGUGCUAGGGCAAGUUACACCAUUGUAUGAGUAUUUAAAAUAUUUAACUCGUGUUUUGACUUAAUGUUCAUGAAAAUAAUAAUGAGCAACAAAAAUUUAUGCAACCUUCAGGAAAGUGAGGAAUGUUUUUUGGUGCUUUUAUUUUAUUUGAUUGAUUGAAGCAAAUUGUUACUAUUAUUUAAUAGUUAUUGUGUGUUAAUAAAAUUGAAAAUUUCA